AUGUCAGGGAUUGUACCGACGAUCCCGACGGAAUUCCAACAGUACAACUCAUAUGUCACUGAUCCAGCAUGGCAGCGCAAAUUCUCCAUCGUUUGGGCCUCGUUCACGGGCUUCGCCAUCCUCCUCGCCCUUCCCCGAUUCCUCCGUGCCGUACGACGAGGUCAAGUGUCCGGUACGCUAUUCGGGAUCUCAGAAGACCUGGGUGCGAAGGGGUACAGGCCUGCGGUGAUGGAGGAUAGGAUGCCGACGCCCACGAGGAGGUGGAGGUUGGUGAAUGGAGUCGUAAGGAGUGCUGCGGCUGCAUUGCUAUGGACGAUACCGAAGUCAGAGAUCAGCUUGGGACAGAUCUUGGUUAUUGCGGGAUACCUUGCUACGAUACUGGUCUGCAUUAUCAAGGAUGCCCCCUUGGUGGAAAAUCCCAACCGAGCAGGAUUUCUCGCCAUUGCGCAGUUACCAGUCGUCUUCCUCUUCGCGACCAAGAACUCCAUAUUGUCGCUCCUUCUUGGACCAGGGAACGGCUACGAAAAGCUCAACUACAUCCAUAAAUGGUCCGGACGAGGAGCGUUCCUCGGGGCCCUAAUACAUGGUGCCCUCUGGAUUCGCAACCAUAUCGAGUUCGAUCUGCCCAUUCUCGGCCAGCAGAAGGAGACCUCUGGCGUCGCCGCGUUCGCACUACUCUGUAUCCUCGUCUUAACGUCGUUAAGGCCUGUCCGACGGUACUGCUACCAAGUGUUCUUCUACGUCCACAUCCUAUCUUCGAUCUCAUUCUUCAUUACUCUGUGCUACCAUACCAUAUACGCCACGCCGUGGAUCUUCCCGCCUCUGGCCUUCUAUGGCCUCGACCUCCUGCUUCGACUGCUCCGCUACCGCAUCAAGGACGCCACGGUCGUGCCCGUCUCCAACGACAUGACCCUUAUUAACGUCAACGACUGCGACGGAGGCUGGACCCCAGGCCAGCACGUCCGCCUGCGCGUUUUCUUCUCCGACCGCGUAUUCGAGUCCCACCCGCUGACCAUCGCCUGCGCCCCGCCCUCCACCUCAUGUCUCUCCACCCCGGGCCUCAUUCUCGGUGCGCGUGCCGUUGGCGACUGGUCGCACGCGCUGCACGCCUACGCCCGGCGCGGGCUCGAACGGAUCGCACUGAGCGACCAGAAGUCACUCAGCGUGCCGGUACAGGUGAUGCUGGAUGGCCCGUACGGCGGGUGCAGCGUCGAUCUCGGCGCGUACGAGAGCGCGCUGCUUGUAGCGGGCGGGUCGGGCGUGACGUUCUCGCUAGCGGUGUUGGAUGAUAUCGUGGGACGGUGCUGUAGGCUCGGCAGGAGGGGCGGUGAGAAGACGAGGAGAAUCGAAUUUGCGUGGUGUGUGCGGUCGUUUGGAUGCAUUGAGUGGUUCGCACCUCAGCUCAUCGAAGUUGCCAAGACGUGCGCGGGCACUUCGCUAGAUCUGCAUGUUUCCAUCUUCGUGACAUGCCUCUGCAACCCAGAAGCCGUACCCGACAUCCCCAACUCGGACGUAUCCAUCCAUCGCCCGGCAGUGCAUACCCUUCUGCAAGAGCUUGUUACCCCGCCAUCAUCGACGUCGUCAUUGUCCGACGAAGAGUCGUCGGAGAAGGUGGAUCUGAAAGGGAAGCUGAACUGGGUUGGUCUUGGAGGCGGCGUUGCGGUAUGUGCCGCUGGGCCGGAGACGAUGACGAGGGAGGCGCAGAACGCGGUCGCGAGAAUUAGUGCGACACGGGGCGUACAGCUGGGUGGGGUGUCUUUGCAUACAGAGUUAUUUGCUUUAUGAUCACGAUCUGC